AUGCCUCCAACAGUUCCCGCCCACGUCUUCAACGCCCUCAAGCGCUUCACCUCCUGUGACGUCGGCGAUGCCCUCAUAAAACUAAACGUCCGCUACGGCGGCUACCUCCACGGCCUACGCAUGUACUCUCCCACCCCCCAAACCUGCACCACAAAAAUACUCGGGCCGGCCUAUACAGUGCAAAUGGUUGAUGCUGCCGACACCACCUCUCCAAAGCCAUCUCAACACUUUGUAGAUGGAGUGAGUAAAGAUGCAGUAGUGUUUAUUUCGCAACCUGAAGGCUUUUACUCGGCGUGUUGGGGAGGCUUGAUGACUACGAGAGCAAAGUAUUUGGGUGCAAAGGGAGUGGUGGUGGAUGGGAAUGUGAGGGAUUUGGGGGAGCAUAGGGAGAUGGGGUUUCCGGUUUUUGCAAAAGGCACCUCAGCACUGGGCUCCAACACUUUUACCAGAGCGUCAGGGCUCAACGUUCCUGUGCAAUUUACCUCGGAAACACAGAAAAGGCCUCUGACUAUCAAUCCUGGAGACUUGAUCUUGGCGGAUCAAGAUGGUGUUGUCGUUGUGCCUGUUGAACACGCAGAAAAGUGUUUGAAGAUUUGCGAGGAAAGGUUUGAGAUUGAUGAGAAGACUAUGGAGGCGCUGAAGAAUGGAGAAGCUAUGGGUGAUACGCUUGCUCGUUUGAGGAAGUAG